UCGGCCCAGAAACCCCACCAGUGCAUGUACUGUGACAAGAUGUUUCACCGAAAGGACCAUCUGCGGAACCACUUGCAAACCCACGACCCCAACAAGGAGGCCCUCCACUGCUCUGAGUGCGGUAAGAAUUACAAUACAAAGCUGGGUUACCGCCGCCACCUGGCCAUGCAUGCUGCCAGCAGUGGUGAUCUCAGCUGCAAGGUGUGCCUGCAGACCUUUGAGAGUACCCAGGCCCUAUUGGAGCACCUGAAGGCUCACUCACGCCGGGUAGCAGGAGGUGCCAAGGAGAAGAAGCACCCCUGUGAUCACUGUGACCGGCGGUUCUAUACUCGGAAGGAUGUUCGACGGCACCUAGUGGUGCACACUGGUCGUAAAGACUUCCUGUGCCAGUACUGUGCCCAGAGGUUUGGCCGCAAGGAUCACCUGACACGGCAUGUCAAGAAGAGCCACUCACAGGAGCUGCUCAAGAUCAAGACAGAGCCAGUGGAUAUGUUAGGCUUACUCAGCUGUAGCUCCGCAGUCAGUGUGAAGGAAGAGCUGAGCCCUGUGCUCUGCAUGGCCUCUCGGGACGUGAUGGGGGCCAAGGCCUUCCCUGGCAUGUUGCCCAUGGGUAUGUAUGGUGCCCACAUCCCUACCAUGCCCAGUGCGGGCGUGCCACACUCCCUGGUGCACAACACGCUGCCCAUGGGUAUGAGCUACCCUCUGGAAUCUUCUCCGAUCUCCUCCUCAGCUCAGCUCCCUCCAAAAUACCAGCUUGGAUCUACCUCAUACUUGCCUGAUAAACUGCCCAAAGUGGAGGUGGGUAGUUUUCUGGCAGAGCUUCCUGGAAGUCUGUCUCUCUCAUCAGCUGAACCCCAGCCCGCCUCACCUCAGCCGGCGGCAGCGGCGGCAGCGGCAGCAGCUGCAGCCCUCCUAGACGAAGCCCUGCUCACCAAGAGUCCCUCCAACCUCUCUGAGGCCCUUUGCACUGCUAAUAUGGACUUCUCUCACUUACUGGGCUUCCUUCCACUCAACCUACCCCCAUGUAACCCGCCAGGGGCCACAGGAGGCUUGGUCAUGGGCUACUCCCAAGCUGAGGCACAGCCUCUGCUCACCACUCUGCAAGCUCAGCCUCAAGAUUCCCCUGGAGCUGGGGGACCCCUGAACUUUGGGCCUCUGCACUCCUUG